AUGCCGUUGAGUUUACAAACACCAUUGGCGGGUUGCUCCAAUCUACGUGUUGUUACGGAUACUAUUCCUGAGCAUCUUCUAUUUGUCUAUGAAUACUUCACGGGGGACUUAUUUGAUCUGGUGGGAGAAGAGGGUGUUUCACUGGCGGCAAAGAAAACAAUCUUGCGGGAUGGUUUUACUGGACUGGCAGCCUUGCAUGAAAAUCGCAUUUUAAAUGGUGACAUCAAACCUAACAACAUCUUUGUCGAUUAUGAGAUCUCUGACGGUGUUGUCCAUGUGAAAAGAACCCAGAUUGGGGACCUUGAGAUGGGCUCUGAUUUACCACCUGGAUUGAAUGUACGUGGUGCCCUGUUGGGUAACCCAAUGUGGCGCAGCCCUGAAUCCCGUGCUGCUGCUCGUAUCAAUCUUCCCUCUGAUGUCUUCUCUUAUGGACUUGUUUGCAUUUUCACUGUAUUGCGCCAGAUCAUUUUUCGGAUUGACAAAGAAGGGUUAAGUGGAGCUGAGAGGGAAAGAAUUAUAGUGAAACGUCUGCUUUCAUAUUUUGGUGAUGGCCCAGGGCUAGUUGGCUUUUUGGGAUAUCUGGAUGACGAGUCUGCUCGGUGGCGCGACCUUGUAUUGGCUGUGGCAGAGGAGUUCAAUCCUGAUGAUGCGAGGCAACCCUUUGCCAUGUGGAAUGAUGUGGAUGAACUCUUUCGGGACCUUAUUGUCAAGAUGACGAACCUCGAUCCCACACAGAGAAUUACAGCCAAAGAAGCUCUGCAACAUCCUUGGUUCCAAGAUGUUUGA